GCCACCCAGGUCAGCGGGAAGAUGGGGAACAGCAGAAGCGGCUUGCAGCACAAAUUCACUUCCCAGUUUCUUCCUGAGGAGCAGGUGGAGGUUGAUAGAUUGUUCAACGUGCUCUCGGCAGAGGAAGCCAACCCCAGGCCCCCGUUCCAGACCUUCUCUCUGAAGGCUCUCAAGAGGCAUGUCGGGAAGGCCCUCCCCCCCGAGAUGGUCACCAGGCUGUAUAAUGGCAUGAAGGCCCUCGACCUGCCGGGCAAGGGGCAGAGGCCCAGCGACGGCAUCUCCCGGGAGCAGUUCACAGUGUCCAUGUCCCACCUGCUGAAAGGCAGCUCCGAGGAAAAGAGUCUUGUGGUCCUGAAGAUGAUUUCUGCCACAGAAGAGCCUGUGAAGGCAGGAGAAGUGCAGAAGUUUGCGCAGGACCUGGUCGGCGCUGUGGUGCACGUGCUGCACCACAGGAAGUUGCUGCGGGGCUGGGAGGGGCAGGCAGUGCCCGACGCCAACCCCCGCAUCCGCGAGCUGGCUGCGCAGCUGCUCUCCGAGGUGAAGCUUCAAGGUGGCAGGAAGCCUGCGGGGCCCCAGUGGCAGGACUGCGCCUGUGACCGAGCUGUGGUCGAGGACUGGGUGUUCAGGGUCCCCCACGUGGCCUCCUUCCUGAGCGUGGUCAUCCACAGAGGCCUUGCCCUCAUGCCCUCGUCCCUCGACCUGGCCACCCUGGUCCCCCAGCGCCAGGUGGCCCAGGGGCGGGAGUUCGAGAGCCUCCUGGACGUGCCGUCGCUCGUCUACAUCAACUCCCACCUGCCCGCCGAGCUGCGGCACCGCUGGCGCCUGCUGUUCGCCUCCGAGCUCCACGGGCACAGCUUUGCCCAGCUCCUCGGGCACAUCGUGCACCAGGGGCCCUGCGUGACGCUCCUGGAGGACCACGACGGCCAUGUGUUCGGCGGCUUUGCCUCCUGCUCCUGGGAGGUCAAGCCUCAGUUUCAAGGGGACAGCAGGUGCUUCCUGUUUUCCAUCUCACCCCAGAUGGCUGUGUUCACCCACACAGGCUAUAAUAACCACUUCAUGUACUUGAAUCACGGGCAGCAGACCAUCCCAAACGGCCUGGGCAUGGGCGGGCAGCACAACUAUUUUGGGCUGUGGAUCGAUGUCGAUUUUGGAAAAGGACACAGCAAGGCCAAGCCCACAUGCACCACAUACAGCAGCCCGCAGCUGUCAGCCAAGGAGGACUUCCAGUUUGAGAAGAUGGAGGUGUGGGCCGUGGGCGACGCUGAGGUGACCCAGGCCAAGAACGGAAAGAGCAUUCUGGAUGUGGACCCGGAGGCUCAGGCGCUGCUGGAAAUCAGUGGACGGACACUCCAUAGCCACGGGCUCCGGGAAGCCUCAGCAGAGUGAGGAGGAACCCCCAGUGCAUCCUUCUGGAGUGAAGCGUGGGCACCCCCGGGUGCAGCCUCAGCUGCACAGCCUCUCCUGAUCCCUUGUGUGCUUAACUUGAACCUGGGGCCACAUGAAUCACUCCCAGCUGGUCCUGAGUGUGUCCGUGGGAACAGAGUAAAGUUCCUUCUGCCACAGGUUGAGUGGUGGGUGUAUCUUCCAGAAAUCCUCAGUGUCAAAUUAGCAGCUUAAUUCUUAGUUCAUUUCAUAUCGAUGAACUUGAACCAUCUUCUGCCAUCUCUACUGGAAUCAGUUUUUGUUGGGAAUAGGAGUGCUCACCUGUGGGAGUCACCUGUUCUCUCUCAGGCCAUCCCAGUUAAAAGUGAGCCUUGACAGUCCAUGUCAAUGGUGGAAGGAGCUGGACAUGUGUUUGUGACUCUCAGUGCACUGGGGAGUGACUUCUGAUGGCGUGGAAUCUCUGUGAGAAAGCACAGGCCAUAUGUUGAUGGGGAAAGCAGCCAAGGAUUUUGGAGAUUACACAUUUCCUGAGCCCUGGGCCCCGAGUGGGUGGUGGUGAUGAGGUCUGCCUCUGCUCUUCUCAACUGUUUUUAAAUGUGUCUGUGCCGGGAGCAGACGGGAGAGCCAGGAGAUGCACGGGAACUCACAACUGUGGUCUGACGCUUGUUAAAAAGCGGGGCGUGCUGGAGCCUGAGAUGGAGUGCUCUGCUGAGAUCACUGUGUGUGUGACAUGUGUGCAUCUGUGACCUGUAUGGCCUGUCACAUAAACAAGUGGCGAGCCUUGACCACCCCUUGCCCUCAGGGCCGCCCUUCCUAAUGCCAUCCUCACGGUGCUGGUAGGUGGGCAGGGCUUCAGGGCCAGCCCUGCCUCCUUGCACAGCUGCUGACUGAGCCUUCGGAAGCACAGGGCAUAAAGGCCGGCAAGGGGGGUGCCCCGAUGCCCAGACGCCGUCUCAGUUACCACUGAACUCCUUACAAAAUGCCAGUGUUUCAGAGCUGCUCUUCUUGACUGAUGUGGUAGCAGCUACAGGCACCCUGACACUGAAGAGGAAGAACUCGGUUCCAAAUCCUCAGUGUGUUACCAACGCACUUUUCUAGACGCACCAUUAAAUACUUCUCACGCA